CCUGUGCUCGUCUCCUCCCCGUCAGGGCGCCGGGCGGAAGUGAGCUGCGCGGCCAUGGCGGCUGUGGACAUCCGAGAUAAUCUCUUGGGAAUUUCCUGGGUUGACAGUUCCUGGAUUCCGAUAUUAAACAAUGGGAGUGUGUUGGACUAUUUCUCAGAGCGAAGUAACCCAUUCUAUGACCGAACGUGUAACAAUGAAGUCGUCAAAAUGCAGCGGAUGACCUUGGACCAUUUGAACCAGAUGGUUGGAGUGGAGUACAUACUUCUUCAUGCUCAAGAGCCCAUUCUCUUCAUUAUCCGAAAGCAGCAAAGGCAAUCUCCAACACAAGCUAUUCCAUUGGCCGACUACUAUAUUAUUGCUGGAGUGAUUUAUCAGGCACCUGACUUAGGGUCUGUCAUUAACUCCAGAGUUCUCACUGCAGUGCAUGGAAUUCAGUCUGCUUUUGAAGAAGCUAUGUCCUACUGUCGCUAUCACCCAUCCAAGGGCUACUGGUGGCAUUUCAAAGAUCAAGAAGAACGAGAGAAAACUAAACCAAAAGCCAAGAAGAAAGAAGAACCAAGUUCUAUUUUCCAAAGACAACGGGUAGAUGCAUUGCUUUUAGACCUAAGACAAAAGUUUCCACCCAGAUUUGUUCAGCAAAAGCCUGGAGAAAAGCCUAUCCCAGUGGAUCAAAUCAAGAAGGAACCAGAACCAGCCCCUGAAGCUGUCAAGCCAGAGGAAAAAGAGACUGUAAAGAAUGCUCAGCAGAGUGCUGGCACUAAAGGACCACCUGAAAAACGGAUGAGACUCCAGUGAAGGGAGAAGUUGUUACACAUCUGGAUUAGUCGGUACCUGGAAAACAGGAGAUUCUUUCUCCCCUUUCUUUAUAUUUAAGCUCUUCCACCGAGACUGAUGGUGUGGGGACUGAAGUCCCUAUAACAGCUUUUUCUGUAGAAACUGGUCAUACAAAUGUUAAUGUUGGGAUAUGGGGUGCCUCAAAGAAGGUGUUUAUUUUGAAUGUUGGCUUCCGAGAAUGGUUUUUACAUGGGCAUAGUUUGCAGCCUCCUGAAAUCUUUACAAACUUGCAUCCAUUGUGUGUUGGUUUCCUAUGUAAAAAGGAAAAAACUUUUAUAUAAGAAGAAUAAUCUGAAUUCUUGGCAAAUAAAACUCCUGGCUGCUGGAAUGCCUUUCUUAAAUGCUUACUUUGUUAGUAGCAAAUAUGCCAUAUGUGCUGGCUGCAUUUUUUUGCUUGGAUAUUGGAAUAUAUUGUGUCCUAUUUUGAGGAAGAAAAGUUCAACUUAAAGAUUUAGGCUGCCUGCUAUAAAUUGCUGUGCCUUUAGUAUGCUUGGGAUACGGAUAAAAGAUUCGAUAAAUCCGUGUAAUUAGAUGUCAGACUGCUCGCAGUCUCUAAACAUUCUUGGGCACUCAUUUUGCUUAAUGGCUAAGCUGGUCUUUUAUUAUAAAAGCUAGUGUUCUGUGAGAGAGAUUGAUGAUGACAUAAAACAGGCUAAAAUGUCUUGCUGUUGCACACUCAGUGAAGAUGUUUAUAUUUCUCCUUUUUUUCACUAUAACUCAAAUAUAUCAAUUACAUCUCCUCUUCUGUGCUUCUAGCACUUUAUUGCUGCAUCUGAUCACCUUGAUUAGUCAUCUGCCUUUUAGACCUGUGGAUGUAGGGCAGUGGAAGAGAAACAUCACUGACAGCUACAAACUUCGCUAUUUAAGCAUGUUGCUUACACAAACCAUUUUUGUUUGGUGUUUUUUUUUCCCCCAGAAAAAUUCAAAGUCAUCUAUUGCAAAGAAAUUACUGUUGGUUUGGUUUUGUUUUUUCAUUGAAGUAAUGGAGCAAUCCUUGAAAUAGCUCGCUUUCUCUUCACAACUGUUUCCUGCUUUCUUUUAGUAAACUGUAGCAAGCAAGAAAAAAACCUGUACAUAGCAAACAAAAUGUAGAUAGUAGGAAGACUAAGGUAUGCUUGGAUAGCUGUGUCAAAUUUAUUUUGAGGUUAUAAGAGACUCUUCCUGUUUCAGUAAUUAAUAAACAGCUCUGACUGGGUAGCUACUGAAUGAUGGAAGGACCCAUGUAACUUUUGUCCUGUAAUCCAAAGCUGUAACGUUAAACAUGUAGAUAAGCCAAUAACUGCUUGCUGUUGAUGCAGAAACAGACCUAAAAUUCAUAUAUUGGUAUACUUAAGUGUGUAUUAGCUUUAUUUCAUACCAUGUCGGUUAAGUUUGAACAGCUAUUUCUACAAAUGGUGGUAGAAAUAGAUAAUAAGCUAGUGCAAACUCUUAAAUCAAGUGAAGAUAUAGAAAGCAGUUAUUCUGGGAUGCUUAAAACAAGACAGAGCUAAUUAUUCGGCAUUGAAUAAUUACAAGGUGGCGUGAAUACACUUAGGAAAGGGUGUUGAUUCUUUAUUGUAUUAAAGAAAUUCCUCUGAAAGUAAGGAGCUCAAGAAGCACUAAAGCCAUCAUCUCAUCCACCCCCAUGAUGGAAAGAGGGAUCUCCAGAAAUGAAGCACGAGUGGUGAGGAACCUCAAGAGUCCUUGCUGGAUUUAUGAUGUUCAGAAUAAAGUCCUUGGAAAAUGGCCAUUAAAGGAGCUGAAUUUCUCUGUAGGUAUUCAUAUUACUAAGAACCUGUAUGUUAUUUGGAAAAACUUAAGCAAGAAGGAUAACUAGGCUGCACUGUAAUGAAGAUCUAGGGUGGGUUUUUAUGGGGUUGGUUUGGUUUUUUGAGGGAGAAAAAUUAACUGCUCAUACACCAAGGAAAGAUUUAACAUUACUAACAGAAGAGAGAGAUCUUGCUUAUUGCUGAAGGCACAUACAGCUGUGGUCAAAAAUGGAUGCUAGAACACAUAGUAUGAGAAAAGUAUUUUAUCAGUCACUGGACUUCACCUGAAAUAGUGUGUUGUACAGCUCAAUGUCUGAAAAAGAAUUCUAAAGUAGAGCAGUUUGAAGAAGGGCAGUAAAACGAGGAGGAGAAAGUUUCUCCUAUGAAGCCAUUGGGAGGACCAGGACUUUAGUUCCUUAGGAAAGAAAAGACAAAUGUUGAGUCUUUAUAAAACUGAGUACUGCAGAGCAAGUACGAAAGUAGAAGACUUGUUCUGUCCUGUAGUGCAAGAAUAGAGGUACAAGUUAAUGAAGCUGAAUUGGAGUUACAUUUAGACUGAAUUGUUAUAUUCCAUGCUCAUAAUUUGAGCCGAUUCAGAGACGAGAGUGGAACUUGAAGGGGCAGAGUGUCCUCAUGUCUGCAUCUCUUAACAGCCUUUUGUUUUCUGCAGAAAUGUCUGGUAUUGGCUGGUGUCAGAGGGCAUUAAAAAGGAUGGAUUUCUGGUCUGAUCCCAUCUGAGGUAAAGUGCCAGCAUCUAAGCUAUUGAGAGGAUAGAAAAUGGUUUCCAUGCAUGAAACACUGCAUUUGACCGUGAUAAGCCUUUUCCAGGGGAAUGAUCUUUUCCUGAAUUAUAUUAUAAAGCAGUAAGGGAUGUUACCAAUGAGUGUGUUGAUUUCUUAGGAGCUGUCCUUCAGUGCUGAAAGUUUCCCACAUGAGGAAAUGAGGGACUGAAAUAUCUUCUGAUCCUGUUACUUGCUGACAAGAUAUUCUAAAAUAAUGUCAUUAGUUAAGCAAGCUUUGAUAUUAACUUACUCAAGUGAUGUUAUGCCAGAUAGUACUGUUAAACUCCAUGUAAUUUACUGUCAAAAAGCUGUUAAGCAGCUACUUCUAGUCAGUAAUGUUUUUCAGCGUAUGAGAAUCUAAGCCUUUUCUCUCUGGUAUUUAUACACUGUCGCUUGGUUUGGAGCCUGAGUGCUGAAGUCCAGAGUCCUUCAAAGGACCUUCAGUAUUUGUAAAGCUUAUAGAUGAAAGGGAAAUAAGCAAGCAGUUCUGAAAUUUG